GUACCGCAUGGUGCACACUGUAAUUCUAGUGUGUAAUUUUCUGCCAUCCCACCGCACCAGUUUGUUAGACGCAUUGUCUUUUUACAGUUGAAUACAGUAAAGAAUCAACGACAUCUCGUGUCUACGGGUCUUUAUUGGAUUAAUUGUUUAACUUGCUAGAUAGCUGGAUAGGGACAUCCAGCGAGUCCAGUAUAGUAAAAAGACAGCACCACAACAAGCUGUACUACAGGGUGGCUCACAUCAUCACAUUGCCCGUCCACACCUCAACGCCAUGGCAACAAGCAACCAAGACAACGCUUCACAGAAUGAAGCCAAGUCCCUCAGCGUUCGUUCGUACUGCUCUGCAGCCAGCUCCAGUGCCAGCAUGGCCGCCCUUAAAGCACGGGCUAAAGCAAAAGCAGCCGAAGCUAGAGCAGCAUUCGCUCAGAGAGAGAUAGAUAUGAAGGUCGACGCUGCGCGGAUUCAGGCAGACCUUAGGUCGAGGCUGUGCGGAUGCAGGCGACCUUAGAGGCCUUGCAGCAAGAAAAAGAGAUGGAAGCAGCCAUUGCAGAGGCCGACACCAUAGAAGCAGGUUUAAUAGCAGAACAAGGGUCACGUGAUAGAUCACCGAGCCCUGCUCGCCCUCAAAACCAGCACGAGCGUACUCUGGACUACGUCAUAGAGCAAGCCAGCAUAAAGUCAAGCCAACAUGUCACUGAUUAUGAUAUCGAGAGUGGUAGCAUAGUAUUUUGCCCAUUGCCGCCCAUUCACCAGACCAAAUCUAAUCUGGCCAGUUCAUUUCAUAGUCAUCACAAUCCCAGUAAUGUGCAAGGAAACGUGGAGCAUAAAUUGGAGGAUAGAAAGCCAACGGCAACCUUUCUGCACAGCGGCUCUAACAACUCUCCUCAAGCCACCAACGAUAUCAAUCCCACCACCAUGGACCUCGCCAGAUACCUCGCUCGCAGCCAGCUCGUUACAACAGGAUUGACGGCCUUUAACGACAAGCCUGAGAAUUACUGGGCUUGGAGAUCCUCCUUCCAAAACGCCAUAGAAGGCCUGGGCCUUUCACCCAGAGAGGAGCUCGAUCUUUUGGUAAAAUGGCUUGGGAAAGAAUCCUCGGAGCAGGCAACAAGAAUUAAGGCUGUCAACAUGAGGAAUCCUAAAGCAGGUUUGAAGAUGGCUUGGCAGAGGCUCGAAGAAACUUAUGGUUCACCCGAGUCUAUCGAGCAUGCCCUCUUUACCAAGCUCGAGAACUUUCCCAGGAUCACCAUCAAGGAGCCAUACAAGCUACGUGAGCUCGGGGACCUUCUGUCAGAAAUCGAAGCGGCAAAGGCCGAUGGGUAUCUACCUGGUUUGUCUUACCUUGAUACCUCCAGGGGAGUUGCACCGAUUGUUGAGAAGCUUCCUUAUAACAUCCAGGAAAAGUGGACUGAAUUUGGAUCCAAUUACAAACGCCGCCACCGCAUCUCUUUCCCCCCAUUUAAAGUGUUUGCCGACUUUAUCCGUGCGGAGGCAAAAACCAGAACGGAUCCCAGCUUCAAUCUUUGCCUCUCUCGUCCAGCAAUCGUCCAGAGGGAUAACAUAGAGAGACAUGGUAAAACUCUCGUCUCCGUCCACAGGACACAAGCAUCUCCAACAACUCCUGAGACACAGAAAUCCAGUGACCCAUCAAAGCAGUGUCCCAUUCAUGCCAAGAUUCAUCCAUUAAAGAAGUGCAGAGCCUUCAGAGAAAAGAGCCUGGAAGACCGCAAACACUUCCUUAAGGAACAUUCCAUUUGUUUCCGCUGCUGCUCCUCCACAAGUCAUUUCGCCAAGAACUGCACAGCAGAAGUGAAAUGUACCGAGUGCAACAGUGACAGACACCUCUCCGCUCUACAUCCAGGCCCAGCCCCCUGGAAGUCCGAGCCAUCUCCCCCCGCAUCCGAGCAUGGCGGGGAGGAAGAGGUAGCAGUAAACCAGGAGAUCACCUCCACAUGCACGGAGGUGUGCGGUGAUGGGGUCAGCGCGAGAGCAUCCGCUAAGAUAUGUCUCAUCUCAGUCUAUCCAGAAGGACGUCGCCAAGAGGCACGCAGGAUGUACGCCAUCUUAGAUGAACAGAGCAACCGCUCUCUUGCAACAUCCGAGUUUUUCAAUAUCUUUGGGGUUAAAGGCAAUCUUAAGCCAUAUUCACUGCGGACAUGUGCCGGGCUUAAGCAGACUGCAGGUAGAACAGCCUGCGGUUACAUGGUGGAGUCUGUGGAUGAGAAGACAUUGCUCCCUCUUCCUCCACUCCUAGAAUGCAAUCAAGUGCCUAACAACCGUGCCGAGAUCCCCACUCCCAACGUUGCGCUUCACCACAGCCAUCUCAGAUGCAUUGCCAACGCGAUUCCUCCACUGGACCCAAACGCCAAAAUACUGCUCCUAUUGGGAAGAGAUAUUCUGCAGGUGCAUAAAGUGAGGAAACUAAUUAACGGUCCCAACAAUGCCCCGUACGCCCAGAAGCUGGAUCUGGGAUGGGUAGUUGUUGGCGAUGUAGGUAUUGGUGGAGCACAUAGACCUACCCAAGCGGAGGGACGUGUUCCAGGGUCUACAGAUGCGACAGAUUCCACGGCCCUACACCACAUUCUCAAAGUUGAGCAUGCUACAACAGGAGCUCUAUCUGUUCUCGGACGCAUCAGGCAAGCCAAGAUACGCAGUUGCGUAUCCGAGGGUCAUCACCGAAGACGGAAUAACGGAGGUGGGCUUCAUCUUUGGCAAAGCAAAGCUAGCAACCCAGCCAGAGCUCACUAUUCCAAGACUAGAAUCGUGCGCAGCGGUCUUGGCUGUCAAAAUCGCAGAGACGAUUGCGAAGGAGAUGGACGACAUCCCCUACCACACGGACGGCAAAGUAGUACUGGGGUACAUCUGUAACCGAUCGAGGCGAUUUACACAUGCGUCCACAGCCGUAUCCAACGCAUCCAUCAGUUUUCGCCAUCUCAUCAGUGGAGGUUCGUUCCCACGCACGACAUCCCAGCUGACCCCGGGUCACGGUCCGUCCCAGAAGCUCUAGGUCCGCCCAAUCACCAAAAUGGUUCUCCUCCUGUCUCCCGAGGACUCUGAGGGUUAAAUGGGAAAUGUGCAUGGGGUCUGGGAGACCCCAGGCGGGGAGUGUGCUGGACCACUUUCUGUUUGCAGAUAUUAAUGCCACCUGCUGGAUGUUCAGGUUCCUACAGCUUUGGGUUACCUUUCCUGUUAGGCAGGAAGUUGUCAUAAGCCAGGAAGCCCAGCUCAGGGACAGUACCGCAUGGUGCACACUGUAAUUCUAGUGUGUAAUUUCUGCCAUCCCACCGCACCAGUUUGUUAGACGCAUUGUCUGUGAGUAAUCAUGUUUGUGUAACAGCAGCUUUAUACGUUAUUGUGCAGCAUUGCUAUUAUUAACAGUUAAGAAUGUUUCAUGUGCCCUGGCUGGUUUCUUACAUAACAGCAUUGUAUUUAGUGGUGGCAUCAUAGUUUAUGUUUCUAUACCAAGUGUAUAACGUUACUAAAUAUGCGGUUUCCCUUUCUGCUUGUAUGUUACAGUUUUACAGUUGAAUACAGUAAAGAAUCAACGACAUCUCGUGUCUACGGGUCUUUA